UUUAUUCCAAUGUCUGCCGCCGCCGCUGGCUGGGGCCAGCCUCUUGCGACAACCUCACCAGCGUCUCGACGAUCAUUAGGCCAUUUCCGAUCACUUUCCUCGAUCGCUUCUGCGCCUAGUCACAAGCCUCGAACUCCCUCAACAAUCACUCCCGAUCACACGCCUGUCAAAUCUUCCUCUUCAACACAUCUACCGAUCGGUUCUCCUGCACCUAUCGACCUCGGCGAUGAGAUGAGCACCCUGCCUGAUCCACGAAGCCGUGGUAUGAGCCCGGCCGAUGACGGUAGCAUCUCGAUCCCUAAUCACCACCCCGACCUCAAUGACGAAGUCGCCACCCUCAGCACAAAACUCAUCAACGCCAUCAAUCACCAAACGAUACUCGAUGACUCCCUAUCAGCCGCCCGCCAUGAGCUCGACACUGCCCGCGAUCGAAUUCGCAUUCUCGAGGCCCAGAAUGCCUCGCAGCGUGAAAUGCUGCAGGGCGAUGUUUGGAUACGAAAGCAUACCGUUGAGGCUGAAAAGAAGGUUUGGCACGCCAAAAUAGCCGAGGAGCGCCAGAAGCGUCUCGAUACGGAAAAGGACAAGAAGAAGAUUGAGCAGGAGCUCGAAAACCUUACUGCUGCCUUGUUCGAAGAGGCCAACAAGAUGGUGAUUGCGGCCAAGGAGGAGGCCAAGGCGGAUCACGAGGUGCUGCAGCGCAAGAAUGACCAGUUGAAAGCUCAGUUGGCCGAUUCCGAAAGCCUGCUCAAGUCACAGCAGGAGCAGCUUUCUGAGCUCAAGCACGUCAUGGAGCACAUGGCUGCUGAACGCGACGACCAGACCAACCCUACCGCUCCCUCUUCGCCCGGCUUUGCCAAAUCCGAUUCUCUUGACGAUCAGCGAACAUCCGCCAACGAACCUUCACCUUCGCCAUGGGUUCCUGCUGCCGAGCCCUCACACCCGACAAGCUUUACCCAUUUGAUCCAGCCUGUCCUGCGAACGGAUCUGGCUUCGUACGAUGACUUUGUGAGCCUCGCUCGAGUCUCUCGCAACCGUGCUGGAAGCCGUGUCUCGUCGGGCUCUAUGGGUGCCCUCACUGCGCUCUCCUCGUUUGGUCUCGGUGGUUCGACUUCAAGUGCUCACCCUUCGAACGCUUCUACUACAUCUCUCAACACGGCGGGUCAGGCUGUCGGUAGCGCCCCUCAGUCACCAAACACGCCGGCCUCGACUAUCAGUGCUGCCUCGAAUGCCUCUGCUGCUCCUCUGCCCAGCUUGAAAGAGACAAAGUUCUACAAGCGGGUUUUGGCAGAAGACAUUGAGCCUACCCUUCGUCUUGAUAUGGCCCCUGGCCUGUCCUGGCUUGCUCGUCGAACCGUUAUUAACUCGAUUGCUGAGGGGUCACUGGUCGUGGAGCCUGUCCCAACUACUGGAUCAUUUAUUGCUCUGACGAAGCCGCAAUUCUAUCCCUGCUCCCUCUGCGGUGAUUCUCGAAAGGAUCCUCUUUACUUGCGCACCCACCGAUUCCGAACGAGCGAGACCGAUUCGGCGCAGAGACACCCUCUGUGCAAGUACUGCCUCAACCGCGUACGCUCUACGUGCGACUUUCUUGGAUUUCUACGCAUGGUCAAGGACGGUCACUGGCGAGCUGACGACGAGAAUCACGAAAAGGCUGCCUGGGAGGAGAGUGUACGACUACGAGAGCAGAUGUUCUGGUCUCGAAUUGGAGGAGGCGUUAUUCCUAGCAUCCAGGCACCACUGUUGGUUGACCUGGAGAAGAGCCCCCGGACCAGCCGCGAAGAGAGUGUGGUGUCCGAUCAUCUCUCGGUCCCUGGCUUUCAAACUCCACCAAUGAUGAACAUUGACCGAACGCGGAACGAAAAGGUCAACGGCCCGAUUCAAGAGCCCCAUACUCCGCCUUUGCAGACGGAUGGAGCUAGGAGCGUACGCAGCUCCAUACAGUCUCUGGAUGUCAAGAGCAGCUCUGGCUCGGAAGACACGAAGCGACUGUCGAUCACGAUCCCAUCUGCGGAUCAAUAA